AAUGAGUGUGGAGAAUAUUUACACUUCGAUUGCGUGUAAUCGAACCACCGAAAGUGCCGACUGGGGCAAUAAUGGUUUCAUUGUUUUUGGGGCUUGUAAUGCGGUGGCCAUUUACGACCCAAAGAUCAAUGGAGUUUCGGCAAAGAUAACCCAUACAUUUGUCAAGCAUACAAAACGGGUAAACACUGUCCGCUGGCUAAAGAGCUUCGGCGAAGAAAAAGAAACCCUAUUCCUUUCGGGAUCAGAUGAUAAAUUGGCAAUUUUAUGGGACUAUACAAACCCCGAUGAUGUUAAAAAUUUUGAACUUAAAGGCCAUGAAAGUGGAGUAAAUGCCGUGGAUGGUGUGCAACGUCAAAAUGGAGAAUGGAUUUUUGCCACUGCCGCUGCGGAUUCCACAAUCAAAAUAUGGUCAUUCCGUCUAGGCUCAGAAACCUUACCCGAAUGUAAACAAACAAUUCAAUUGAACACCGGAUUUUGUUUCACUUUACGCCUAUCCUUGCUACCAAAGUCCGAACAAAUUCUAUUGGCAUUCUCUGUGGAUGAUGAAACUGUUGCUUUGUGGUCUGAAGCAGAAAGUGAUCUGCUAACCUUUCAACCAUUACACAAACUAUUGGGUCAUGAAGAUUGGGUACGCGGUUUAGAUUUUGUCCGCGAAGGUGAUGAUUUGUUAUUGGCCAGUUCAUCGCAAGAUAAUUUCAUACGUCUGUGGCGUAUUGCACCACGCAGUGCUGAACAGGUGACCAAUAAUAAAGUGGACAUUUUCAAUUUGUUGGAUGAAUCCACGGGAGAGAUACGGGUAGAAGAGAAAAUUGUACAAGUCUCCUCCAGUUCAUGGUAUGCCAUUAGUUUGGAAUCCGUAUUGUUUGGUCAUGACAAUUGGGUAUAUGGUGUCCACUGGCACAAAUCGCCGGAUAAUACUUUAAGUCUGCUCUCAGCAUCCAUUGAUAAGACGCUCAUCCUUUGGCAGCCCUCGGAUGAAAGUGGCAUUUGGAUGGAAAAAGUUCGUUUGGGUGAAGUUGGUGGUAAUUCCCUGGGUUUCUUUGGUGGUAAAUUUCGUAGUGAUGGCAAAGCCAUAUUGGGCCACAGCUAUCAGGGUGGUUUCCAUAUGUGGCAACAAAGUGAAGACAAUGAACAUAUUUGGGUGCCUCAAGUAAUUGUCGGUGGUCAUUUUGGUGAGGUACGUGAUCUUGCCUGGGAACCACAAGGAGAAUAUUUGAUGUCCGUCUCUGCGGAUCAGACAACACGUAUACAUGCACCAUGGCGUUCAGCAGGGAGUGAUUUCGAAACAUGGCAUGAAUUAGCUCGGCCUCAAGUUCAUGGUUAUGAUAUGCAGGCAUUGGCCUUGUUGACACGCUAUAAAUUCGCCAGUGGAGCAGAAGAAAAGAUUGUGAGGACUUUCCAGGCAUCGGCUAAUUUCAUUGAGAAUUUUAGACGUAUUACAAAGGUGGCAAAUGAUGAGGAGGGUGAUACUUUGUUGGAGUCUUUACCCAAAGGAGCCUCGGUGCCAUCAUUGGGUCUUUCAAACAAGGCUGUUUAUAAUACUGAAACCCCUUCGGAAACCGAACGCCAUGUUAAAGAUGAAUAUCCUGAAAACUAUUUUACACCCAUCACCUUGGACUCACCACCCCAGGAGGAGACUUUAAUGCAAAACACCCUAUGGCCUGAAGUUCAAAAACUCUAUGGUCAUGGUUAUGAAAUUUAUGCUUUGGCCUCAUCACCAGAUGCCACGCUAUUGGCCUCCUCAUGUAAAUCUACAAAUGCUGAACAUGCACAAAUCAUUCUAUGGAAUACAACUAAUUGGAAACAAAUACAAAAACUUUCAUCCCAUCAAUUGACAGUUACCCAAAUGCGUUUUUCACCCAAUGGUCAAUAUUUGCUAUCCGUAUCACGUGAUCGUAGAUGGUCUCUCUUCGAACGUGUACCAUCCAGUGAUAAAGUAGCCCAGUAUCAAUUAGCCGCUACAACAGAUAAAACAAAUGGUGUCCAUACACGUAUUAUUUGGUCCUGUGAUUGGUCACAUGAUAGCAAAUAUUUUGUAACCUCUUCACGUGAGGGUAAAGUUGUUGUAUGGUCCAAGGAAGCUGAAAGUAAUACAUCGCUAAAUGGUUGGAAGAAUUUGGAUGUUUUGGAAUUGAAACAAGAAUCAAUAACGGCCGUUGCAUUUGCCCAGACCCUACACACAAAUGGCUCGUAUAUUGUGGCCAUGGGUUGUGAAAGUGGUUUCAUUUAUAUUUAUUCCUUUGAUGGCAAAUGGAAGUUGCUGUUGACCAUGAAUACAUCACAAUCACAUCAUUUGACAGUAAAACGUUUACAAUUUAGACCGGUACCGAGUGCAUCAAAUCAAUAUCAAUUGGCCAGUUGUGGUGAAGAUUGUCUAGUUAGAAUAUAUCGUUUGAAUUUGUAA